UUGAUGCGAGGCGCCACCAGUGCCUGCCUGGCGCCCUGGUGCCACAGGCCACCAGUGUUAUAGUGGCUGCACCACACACACACGCCACCAAUAUGGCCGUCUGCCUGGAUAACGUGUUGGACGCACACUGCCACUUGUGGGAGCUGGGACGGUUCAAGUACCCGUGGCCGACGCCAGACAUGACCAUCCACCAGGACCACCUGCCGCAGGAUCUCCAGCAGGCCAUGAAGGACACCCCCGUCACCGACGUUAUCUUCGUCCAGUGUCUCAAUGACUCCCCGGAGGAAGCCGAAUGGGUGAUGAGUUUGGCCAGGCAGUUCCCGUUCAUCAGAGGUAUAGUGGCUGGCCUUGACCCUUCUCAUCCCCAGUUUGAGAGCCGGCUGGUGCUGCUGAAGGAGGCUGUGCCGCUCCUGGUCGGCCUCCGACACAUUCCCAACUUCCAGGAUCACCCCGACUACCUACUGAGGGAGGACCUGGCCGCCGGGAUCAUCGCUUUGCAAAAACACAACCUCACCUUCGACCUCCUCCUUAGGCCUCAGCAGCUGGAGGCAGCUGGUGUCCUGGCCGGGCGGGUGUCCCAAGUGGGAGCCAAGCUGGUGGUUGAUCACCUGGCCAAGCCUGACAUCGCUGCCAGCAAGAUGGACCCCUGGCGCCAACACAUGUCAAGCCUCGCCCGACAUCCCAACGUCUUUUGCAAGUUGUCCGGCCUGGUAACUGAGGCUCACCUCGAGAAGUGGCAGGUCGACGACUUCCGCCCUUAUGUCGAGCACGUGUUGUCGGUGUUCGGGGCGGAGCGGGUCAUGUUCGGCUCGGACUGGCCGGUGUGUCGUCUAGCCGCCAACACAGACUACGACCGGGUCUUCUCCACCUUCAGGCAGCUCCUCCACCACCUCCCUCAUCACCAACAAGAGAUGAUCUUCUCCACCAACGCCAGAACCUUCUAUAACAUAUAAACCCGUCCUUACAGAUCGCUAGGACAACCUGUCUUAGAAAGAACGUCGUAUUUCGAUCGCAUGCGUUACCUUUGGCCAAAAAUUGUCGUACUAGAAAAUGGAAGCGGCUGGCGAAAGUGACGCACUGUCCCGUUUUCUGUUAGGUUAUGAGAGAACACUUUAAAUUUAUAUUUUUCUUGACUUUGGGAAACCUUAAGAGGACGGGCUAAGGUUUUAGCCUCUUCAUUACUUCAAGAACAUUUGUACUUGUACACAAAACUGCAAGACCUUACAGUCAUCAAUGUGGACAUUAAGUUCAAAUUAUUAUCAUGUUAAUAAUACGGGACUCAUCUACAUAAUUCACAGUGGACGGAGAAUCCUUAAGGUGUACUGGCCUCACCUCAACAUUCACACAGUGGGAGCUACUGUCCAAGAUAUCGACGUCUUUCCUUAUAUCUCUGACAUCUCCUCAACAGCAAUGUAUCUUUAAGUCUUAGACUGUCAAAUUUAAAUAAUUUAGAGCUAGAUUUAAUACAUAUAUUGAGAGAAAGUUUAUUGUGGAUUAAAAACAGUUGAAAUCGA